AUGGACUCUGUCAUUGCAGUUGUAUGUUACAAUGAAGCUUCAUUGUCGUUUCGUAUUGGUUUAAAAUCAACUCUUAUGAAUUUGAAGGAUAAUAUUUGUUUAAAUUGGGUUCAACUAUCUCCAUUCACUAUUGAAAUCAUUCACAAAUUUGGUGAGCAACAAAAGGUACUUCAGUCUGAUUAUGAUCUCCAAUCAGCUGUUGUGUUUUCUCUGUUUAACAAGUUGCCAACACUAGACUUAUAUGUAUAUCAUAGAGGUGAAAGUUCAAGUUCAGUAUGCCACAUAGGUGCUAGUUCAAGUUCAUCAUCCCAUGGGUCAGAAGUUGUACCUGUUAAUCAGCCACUAGUUACCACUGUCACUGAUUAUGAUGACCCUAAAGUAGUCAAAGAACCGUUGAAAUCCGCUCGUUGGCUAGCUUUUUUUUACAGUGUUGAACAACUGUUUCCAGUAGGUGUGGACCAAGUGCGUCACGAUUUGAUGAAGUACCAUGCUGCAAAUGGUUAUGCAUAUAAGGUAACAAGAAACGAGAAGUUGCGGAUUGCUGCUUGUUGUGCUAACAAGAAGAAGGACAAGUGUAAUUGGCACAUGUAUGCUGUUUCUUGUGACGGUGUUGAAGGAAGUCCCUUUAUUAUCAAGGAGUUAAAUAAUCAGCAUACUUGUGACGGUGGAUUUAUUAACGUUCCAAAUGUAUCGAAGAACCUAAUAAGUUCCUUGAUCAAGGAUGAGAUUAAACAGAACCCAAAGAAGAAGAUAAAGGAUAUUAUGGAACAAAUUAGAAGAGAAUAUGGCUUUGACAUAAGUCGUUAUUAUGCAUACGCAGGUAAGAUACAUGCACUGAAUUUGGCAUGGGGAGAGGAUGAGAAGUCAUUCGCUUACUUGCAUUGGUAUACAAAGCAAUUGUCUGAAACCAAUCCUAGAUCCCGUGUUGUUUUGGAAACUGACGCGAGUCAAAAGUUUGUGAGAUUGUUCAUUGCCUUCGGAGCAUGUAUCCGUGGAUUUAAUUACUGUCGUCCCUUGCUAUUCAUGGAUGCAGCACAUUUGAAGAGAAUUUACCCUUUAGCUUACGGUGUGGUUUCAUCUGAGACUGAUGCGAACUGGAAAUGGUUUAUGGAGCAACUCAGGGAUGUCGUUUCUCUUCAAAGACAACUUACAUUUGUGAGUGAUCGAGGUAGUGGUUUAGUCAACCAAAUCCCCGUCGUUUUUCCAGAGUUUAACGAGAGUUGGGAUGACUUGAUGCUGGUUAAAAAUCAGAAUCUACAAGAAUAUCUUAGUAGGGCUCCAAUUGAUAAAUGGGAAGAGAAGGAGAUGCCUAUUGCUGUCAUGGUUGAUAAAAUACGGCUGAAGCUUAUGGAAAUGAUGUGCAUUCAUCGUGAAGAAUGCGUGACAUCGUUCGAUUGGAGAGGAGUUUUGUGUCCAAAAAUGGAAACUGAACUCUAUAACAAUAAGAUGCAUGGCCGUGAUUACAGUGUUACUAACUCGUCUGAAUUUUUGUAUGAAGUUAAUGCCUCAUUAACACAAAGGGUUGAUUUGAAAGAAAAUACAUGCUCUUGCAACCGUUGGAAAAUCAAUGGCUUCCCUUGCGCCCAUGUUGUUAGGUGUAUAAUGGGGAAUGGUGAAGAUCCUUAUGAAUAUGUUGAAGACUACUUCACCAAUAAGUUCUAUCGAGAGUCGUAUUCAAGACCAAUCCAUCCAUUUUCCACAGUUGAAAGGCCUGCAACAAUUUCACCCAAGUUUGUUGUUCAUGGACCUAAAGUUUUGCCACAAUCAGGACGUCCAAGUAAGAAGAAAAGGAUUCCUAAUACAGGUUAA